AUGUUUCGGCGAUGUCAGCGGCGGUGCAUGAACCGCGGGCAUCUGGCACCAACACCGUCAAAGUACACGGAUCGGCCUGGCAUGUGGGGCCCUGGGGCGGGACCGGUGAAGGAUACACUCGCACGACGAACGAUGUUCUUCCGCAUGUUGACAAUGAACAAAAUCGGGCGUCUGACGAAACCGUUUCGCACGAACCGCGCCCGUUGGAUUUGGCGCAAAACACAACUGCAGUUGUGGAAAACGUUUGUGAUGACAAUGGUGUUUGUAUGUGCGGUACUCUUUGGGAAUAUAUGGUUCUCUUUUGUAUACCAUGCAUACACAGUUGGUCCAACGACACCCGUUCUUGAGCGAAAGGUGCGUGAACACCGUGUGUCAAAGCAAAUUUUGCAGAUGGUUAGGGAAAGAGAAAAGGAACUUGUAACAGAUGAGGAGCUAGAGACCGCCAAAAAUACGAUCGCGGCACAAAAGACUUCGCAGUGA